GUCUCGCUCAAUGUGAUGUCAAAAAAUGAAUUAUUUUCCCAUCUUAUUCACUUAUUACAUUGUUGAUAUCAAUGAUUUUUGAUGUUUUAUAUUGCCUCCAAACAUCGUUCCGCGUUAAGUGCGCGUUUGAGACGUAAAUGCAUAAAAAUCUAUGCUAGUACCACAAGUGGUGUAUCGUAAAGACAAUGAAAAUGUUUCCGUGAUCGGAUGAUUUAUUUGCUGUAAAUUUAUUUACGUGUUAAAACAAAUCGGUGCAAAAAAUAUUUGGAUUCAAUUAUUAAAGUGACUUAGUGUAAGUGCAGAGAAGACGUCUCGCGUCAAGAUAGAUUAAGGAUCGGAGAGCAACAUAAUGGGAUGACAGGAAAUACAGAUUCAUGGAAAAGGUUUGGCGCCGAGUCGGUCUCCAUUCCUCCCGCAAGAAAAGGGAUGGAAGUGGAACGAGUCGAGAAGUGACGUCAUCGGCUCCCCCGGAGGCUGAGUACCAGAAUAUCCACACAUUAAGAACUGCGGAUUUGAUACGGCAGCGGCAGGGUGAGGAGAAGUCUACACUUCGUUCCUCUUACAUAAUAAGGAACGGGGACAACUUCAUCUUGGUGGAGAGGCGACGACGGCGGCGGCGCAGGAGCGGCACGCGGGCGUCUUCCGGCAGCCGGCACCACACGCCGCCACUUGAAGACAAUGCCCGUGCAGAACAGAAGCGGCGGCCGCCAGCUAAACUGAAGUUAUUCGGCAUACAAUGGCCCUUGCACUCUAGUGAGACAAGACAUACGUCGAUAGCCCGUCGGUUCUGUCGCGGCCGUCGCUCACGGGACGACAACGAGCUCUACCGAUCCAACAGCUUCAAGUUUGAACGGUUCACGCGAGAGCCUGCAGCUGAAGACCUCUCUUCCAGCUCACAGGCGGCGCUGUGUGCAGACUACAGCGUGCCCGUGGACUGCGUGGCGGCCGGGCCGGCGCCGAGACCAAGCUCGUUCCACGAGAUAUCUGCUCCUAAAGUUGAAUUCUUGGAAGCAUAUUGCACACCGAAAGACACAGCACGCCGGUCGCCACCGCGCGGCAGGCGGUCACGGGAGCCGCGCCGAUCACCAGACGCCACCCAAUGGCGGCACGAGGCCCGCAGACAGCACGACUUCGAGUCUAGCCGGAGACCGUACGACUACGGCUCAGGUAGACACUACCGAGAGUACGACGACGAUUCGGCCCGACGGCCGGCCUUUGACGCGGAAUCGGCGCGGCGUCGCGCCGACUACGAAUCGGCCCGACGAACCGAUUUCCACCUAUCCACGCCUGGUGCGCGGCGCAGCCCGGAGAGCGCGCCUGAGGGAUCAGUAGACUCCCCACCGGAGCCUGCGCCCUCCGCUCCCCUCAGACAGGAUAGGCAGUCGUGCCAUCGCUCACAGCCAUACUACGAAUCUGAAUCAUCUUCGGGUGAUCGAUCUACGACAACAGACGACGAGGAAGAGUUUGGAGAGUUCGACCCAUUCGCGACCGCACCGUCCUUGCAUUCGCCUGACAGCGGCCGCUCGGACCCUCGAUACGCCAACGCUCCCCGGAGGAACCCCAGCCCCUAUUACUACGGCGAUCUGUUCAAGACAGCAGCUCCGCCACCGGCCCCAUCGGCCCCCACAACAGCAUCAUCUCGAGGUUCUCGGUACAGGAAGUCAGCCAGUCUAGACGCGCCGCACGUCGCUCCCCGCCCAACAUUACCCAAGCGUUUUUCUGUGGCCGAGGAUGGCUUUCGCGAGCUAGAUCGCUCGUCCUCCUCGUCGGGUGAGGGCGCGUGGAUGCCACCGCGGCGGCGCGGGCGCGACGCGGCCGGCUGCGCGUGCGCCGCGUCCGAACAUGUAGAGGAGCGGGCGUCACGCAGCGUAUUCUACGUACCGGCGCCACUGCCGCGCUGGCCACAAGAGAUGACUGCACGACAGAUAUACGAGACGGCAUUCGACUGCAAAGUCGCGCGCUCCGACGAUGAUCUCGACGACUUCGACCGCGUCAGCAACCACCCAGCGCUGCUGCAGGCGGAGGAGCGCAAAGUUAUCUCCUCCGCCUCGUCCGCCUUCGAGGCAGUAGAGCGCGGCGAGCCUGAUUUCAAGGGCCGGCGCAAAGUCACCAUGAAGACUGACAGCGUUCGUCGUUCCAAAAUACCGACGAUACGUCAAAAGAAAGAAAACGAGAAUAACGCGAGUGCCCUGUCCGAAGAACUAGAAAAGGUCCACAUAGAGGAGGAAGGUCGGAAUUCAUCAAUUUCACAACUCCCUCUCCGCGGAUAUACUCCAUCGCCUCCGUCGACGGCACCGCUCCCGACUAAAUUUCAACAAAAAGACGGAUCUGCAAUGAACAGUAUCAAAAGUGCCCCAAACUUACCACAGUCGCAACCGGCGCAUCCUCGGCUGAAGGACCUGAGGCUGCCGGUAAAGUCGCUGCGUGGACGCGACACGCCGCCCAGCAGUGACGUUAGUAUGGCUGACGUGAAAGGGUCGGGCUCUACGGACCUCGACAUCGGGCAGCGGCUGAGAGACUCGAGCCGCGAGUCGCGAGAAGGCGACGACGAGAGAGCGCAAUCUAAAGACGGUAUUUUUUUAGAGAUUAAGGGUCGACCCACUUCCGAUUCCGACACGUCAAAGUCGAAUCGGUACACGGGGCCAAAGGGGGUCGGCCCUAUAAUGGAAUUCAAAGGAAGGCCGAGCGUGGCCCGCCCGAGGAGGAAGUACUCGAGCACGGAGAGUAUGGCCACCAGCAGUAGCGGCGGCAGUAUGGAGUCGCUGCGUAGCAGCAACAGCGAGGGCGACCGGAGCACCACCAGCUCCGAGAGCCGACACUCCUCCUCGCUCAGCUCGCACAGCUCCGACUCGGGAAACGUCCCCUUCACCAAGUCGCUGCAUCACAUGCAGCUCUCGGGGUUUGGGCAUCACCCGACCAAGUUACACAUUCUGAGCCCUAUAUCGGAUAAAUCGUCGCAAGAGCCCGGGUCGGAGACCUCGGACAAUAACAAAAACAACAAUUCCCAAAAAGUGUCUCCCGAGGACUUAGAGACGGGCAAUGCAUCGUUAAUGACUACCGACAUCGCUCCGAAAAUUAAACGCCGUGCGUUACAGAACAAGAAUUUAUUAAAUCUCUCGUUCAGGCAUUCUGUUGCGGGAGAUACAGAGAUCCAGGGAUCCGACAGUGGUAUAUCGAUACAUUCGCGUGAAGGCGUUGAUUCACGAAACGCGUUCAUUAAUUUCAAGAACAGCAGUAGCGUUGAAGAGGAGAAGAAGAACGAUGACGUGGACCUGUCUGACCUGCCAUUCGACAUGCCCAAGUUGCGUCGGCGGCGCGCCGAGGCCGAGGUGGACCUCAGGACGUUGCCCUUCGACAUGCCGAAGCUUCGCCGCAAGCUGCGCGGACAGUCCCUGCAGCUCAACAAUGAUUUUGGAGAAGCCAUUUCCAAUGCUUCUUCCAGCCAGAGCGUUCAGGAUUUGAAUCAAGGUGAGUUACAUUAUUUCACACACAAUAGAAAAGACUCACUGGAAAUAAGAAACUUUUCACAUAACUUAUCUGCCGAAGGUUUGCUGAGAGAUGCCAACGAAGGCGUAUUCCUCGUCAGGAACAGCGAAUCUGCAAAACACGAUUAUUCUUUGAGUUUAAAAUCGACUCGUGGGUUUAUGCACAUGCGCAUCUGCCGAGGCGCGGAGGGCUACACGCUGGGCGGUGCGGCGACAGCCUUCCCCAGCGUGCCGGCCUUACUGCGGCACUACGUCACCGCACAGCGGCUGCCAGUGCGCGGCGCAGAACACAUGGCCCUCUCCACACCGCUGCCUGCUGUCCUACUGUAAGAACACGCAGGAGUACGUGUAGUCUACCGAAAGCUGGUAGCACCAUGUUCUGGAAGCAUCAUGCCUGAGUUUAGCCACACCGCAGUUUGGUAACCAUUGGUUCUGUGACCACGUUCGCAUCGAAUCCAAGCGAUUCUAAUCCUUAUUCAAUAGUGAUUAAGUGUGAUAUGCAACGGUUAUUACGUAUUCGUAUUUAUAUUUAGCUUUUAGAUAACCCAGUGAAUAUUACCAAAGAGUAUUUAGUGUAGUAACAAAAUGUGUACUUUAGUUGCGAUAUAAUUCGUUUUUUUCUAGUCCUGAAUAGCAGCAAAAUAAUAUAUCGAUGUUGUUUUAGCACGUGUAAUCAAUGUUCGCUUAUCGAUGAUAAGCUGUAGGAUUCAAGGCGAUUGUCUUGAAUCUUUGAGAAUUUGAUAACUAUUGUCUACAGUUUUCAUAAGAACAAUGUUAUAAUGCUCUAUAAAUUUGACAUAAUAAUUAACUAAUUUUUAUGACAUUAAUUGCCUAUCGUAUUUAAUUUAGA